AUGGACGAUUUGUGUGGAUCGGCGCACACAGCAAAUCACCGUGGAGUGGCGGGCCUGGAGUCAGCGGUGGUGCUACGAGCCACCAAGCAUCACAUCGACCACGACUUCAACUGCACAGUGAACGUGACCACAAGGGUGGACCGGAGCCUGCUGUACAGCAUCUCUUUCCUGGACCUGCCCAUGACGUGCCUGUCCUACCUGGAGAUGUGGGCGGACCGACGGGACGCGCAACGCUUCUGCCGCAACGUGGAUGACCCUCGCGGCAAGGAGGCACACUGGGUGACAGCGCCGCAGCUGCAGGUGCAGUUGGUCACGUCUCGCCACGACUGGAACUACGAGCGCAAGGCCUUCGAGAUCGUGCUGACAUCGUACAGGCAGAGCCUUCAUUUCGACGGCUGCUACAAGGGCGAGUACCAGUGUGGCAACAAGUUCUGCAUCUGGCGGGAACUCACUUGCAACAACGAGAACAACUGCGGCGACCUGAGCGACGAGAACUGCAUGUCGAAGACCCUUGCGGUGGCCGUGACCAUCGCUGCUGGA